AUGGCCUCUCCACAGAUUCCCUUUCCGUCGUUCGACCACCUCCCUCUGCGCGAGGGGGACCCCCCAAACUCAGCCUGGGGGCUCUGGGGACGCGGCCCAGAGAGCGCAUUGGGCUCUCUCAACUACUUGACAAACGAUCUGGUUCUGAAAAAAAUCAAGGAAGAGGUGAAGACGGGCGAGCGGGUUGGUUUGAAUUUACCCCUUGACCUGUUCAACCCGCCGUUACUGGGACGAGCGGGCUUCGAGCAGAAAGUCAUUGAUAAGAACCCAUUGGUGGUAAAUGACGACGUUAUCAGCUUCAACACCCAAGGGAGCUCGCAAUGGGACAGCAUGCGACACUUUGCGUAUCAGCAUGACAAGAGGUUCUACAACGGCACCACGCAAGCUGAUAUUCAUGCCACUGCAUCCACAGUAAACAGCCUGCAGCCCUGGUGCGCUCGCGGACUCGCCGGUCGAGGAGUGCUCAUCGACUACGCAUCCUAUGCGCUGCGUCAGGGCAUCGAAAUCGACCACUUCGCCCAGCACGCGAUCUCGCUCAAGGACGUCCUGGAAAUCGCGCAGGACCAAGGGAUUGAGUUUCACCGCGGGGAUGUGCUGUUUCUACGCACCGGCUAUGUUGCAGCGUACAAGAAGCUCGAUGCAGCUGGGCGAGAGAGAGUCGCGGGCAUCCGCGAGUGGUGUGGCCUGUCUCAGUCGCGCGAGACGACCGAGUGGCUGUGGGAGCGACAGUUUGCUGCUGUAGCUAGUGACUCGCCUGGUUUUGAGGUUCGACCUCCAACUGAGAAGGAAUGGCAUCUGCACCCGAUUCUACUGGCAGGAUGGGGAACCCCGAUAGGCGAAUUGUUUGAUCUCGAUGUGCUGGCAGAGCAGUGCGCAAAGAACAAGCGCUGGUCUUUCUUUUAUACGUCGGCGCCGCUGAACUAUAGUGGUGCUGUGGCCUCGCCGCCGAAUGCGACAGCCAUCUUGUAG